UCAGAUUGAAAAAUUAUAUAUAUACAGAGCAACAUACAACAAGAGGAGAGACUAGAAAAUUAAUGGCGUACUAUAUUGAAGAAGAAGUCUGGAAAUGUCCAAAACACCCUUCGAAGAAACGCAGACCUGGCGUAUGUUCAAUUUGCCUACGCAAUCGACUUUCCAAACUUUGCCCUCACUGCGCUAACGUGCGCCCUUGUUCAUGCAGAAGCAGCGGCGCCGGCGUAGGAUGCGACAGCGAGCCGGCGUUGUGUAGAUCAAAAUCCGUCGGAAUUCCAUUCGUUAAAUCGCGAGAUAGUAAUACCAGCGACCGGAGAAACCCGCCGGCGAGUGAGAAGAGUACUAAAACAGCGUCGUUUUGGUGGAUUUUUAAGUCCAGGAAAAGAACUCGAGAAGCGGAGGGGAAAGAGAACGAAUUUGAAUUGAAAGAAAAAAGUACUGCUGAAAAUAAGUACUACUAUAAUACUACGGGGAUUAAGGAAUUAUCGAGGAUGAUGAUGAUAAGAUCGAGAUCGGCGAAUGUAGAUUUGACGUCAGUCCCCGGUGGAAAUGAUGUCAUGUCGCCGGGGAAGUUGAAAGGAUGGUAUUUGCUAAGUCCGAUGAAGGUUUUCCGGCAGUCGAAGUUUGUACAGAGGUAGUUUUCAAUUUUUUAUUUUUUAUUUAUAUUUUUUUAACUUUCACAAAAUUACAAGGCUGCAAGUAAAAGUAAUUUCAAUAUAGUGAUUAUUAUUUCAAACAAGAGUUAUGUACAGUUUUUAGGAUAUAUGAAGCUCUGCUUUAGUGGAAAUAUUUUCAAUUUUAAGUUUUAUAAUUUAGGUU